CGAGCUUCAGAAAUUCAAUUCGGACGCUGCCCUUCUUCGCUCUCUGUUGCGCACACACAUAUAUACCAUAAUGACAGAAGACUCACGAGAGCCAGAUAGGCCGGAGAUGAAACCAAUUGAGCAACCUAGUGGACAGCAAGAAGAUUCCACGCCGCAACGGAAGAAGCCCAAACAUGAAUUCCCCAAGUCACAAGUUGGAAAAUUAUGGGAUGCAUUCGGGAGCCCAGAAGAACCAGCGAAUAUCCUACCGCAAGCGAAGUAUAACAACUCGGCGGAACUGAAUAAGCAACACGAUUUGUCGAUAAAGGAAAUCGUAAAGUCUGGGAAUGGGAUUAGCGAUAUCAAGUCGUUCUACAAAGCGCCCUGCGCGCGGGAUUCAUUAAUGCUAGGAAUGGGGGCUGGAUUUGGAAUUGGCGGAGUGCGCGCUGUUAUCGGAGGUCUGCGCGCGGUAUGGCCUGCAUGCAGCUGGGCAGUCUACUCAUUUGCGGCCACUUGCAUUAUUUCAUUCGAACUUUGCCAACGACGCCGCCGUGAGGAGCUGGAUGGAAUGAAACAAGCCGUCGAAAUGAUGCGGGAAAUUCAUCUCAAGAGACAGCGGGAGAAGGAACAGAAGGGCGAGGAGGUCGCGGCCAUGCGUGCGGAGGAAGAGAAGAAGCGUAAAAGCUGGACCAACCCGUCAAACUAUAAGUUCUGGUAGCAUUUUGUGGCUUUUCAUGCGGUGUCUUGGAGUUAAUUGGGACAAGUCUCGCUUUACAGGGUAUUGCCAGGAUGAGCUUGAUGUGUGUAUAUUUAAAUGCAUGGGCAAAAACUUCUUUUUCCAACUUGUGGAAUAUCUGAAUUUAUACUCAAUCUUUAGCAAUGACUAUAUAUGUUUAUCACUU